CUGUUUGGCGUUGCCUGGUUGUCCGAAACAUGUUGGCCAUGACACAAUCCUGGGAGUGGAGAAACAGGCAGAAAGUUCAUCAGCCACUUCCAGCAGCGCUGUGACUACCGACAAGCAGCAUGUCGGAGUUGGACGGCCGCGUGAGCGCCUGGAGCACGGAACAAGUGGCCCUGUGGCUUCAGAAGGAAGGUUUCGGGGAGUACGUGAAAUUGUUGUGCUCGCAGCACCGCAUCGACGGCCUCGGUCUGCUGGCUCUGACCGAAGCCGACCUGCGGGGUCCGCCGCUGAGCCUCGCCGUGCUGGGCCACAUCAAGAGGCUGACCGUGGCCCUGCGGCGCCUCCAGCGGGAGAAUAGGGCUGAGCUAGAGGAGCUGGGUCUGUGGCCGUUAGAAAGUGCCCCCGCCGGACUCUCGCUGGGUGCUCCCAGGGCCGAGUGGAGCUGCGACGGAGCCGAGAGCAGGCCGUGUAAUGGAGCAGACCGUUUGUGGAGCGGCACGGAGCUGCGGCUGAGGAGCAGCGGCGGUUUUGGAUGUGUGCCUGGGCCAGCGCUGUGUCAGACGCACCUCAACGGCAGGUUUCGGCAGCCAAUGGCGGGCAGACUGGAUCCAGAGGUCUGGAAGACCGUCCUCAGUUCCAUAUAUGUGUUCUUAGUGUGCGGACUGACCUCCUUCGUCAUGGUGAUUGUCCACGAGCGAGUCCCCGACAUGAGGACGUACCCGCCCCUCCCUGACAUAUUCCUGGACAGCGUACCCAGAAUCCCCUGGGCUUUUGUGAUGGCCGAGGCCUGUGGUCUCAUCUUGUGUUACAUGUUUUUGUUGAUCCUGCUCCUUCACAAGCACAGGUCAAUUCUCCUCAGACGGCUGUGUUCUCUGAUGGGAACAGUGUUUUUGCUUCGGUGCUGCACCAUGUUUGUCACCUCGCUCUCUGUGCCUGGGCAGCACUUGAAAUGUGCCAGCCUGUCAUAUGGUGAUACCUGGGGGAAGAUCCAGAGAGCGCUGGCUAUAUGGAGUGGGUUCGGCAUGACUCUUACAGGCGUCCAGACCUGUGGAGACUACAUGUUCAGCGGGCACACCGUGGUCAUCACUUUACUCAACUUCUUUGUCACCGAAUACACGCCAAGAAACUGGAAUCUGAUCCACACCAUCUCCUGGGUGUUAAAUCUGUUUGGGAUUUUCUUCAUCCUGGCGGCUCACGAGCACUACUCCAUCGACGUCUUCAUCGCCUUCUACAUCACCACGCGUAUCUUCCUCUAUUACCACACAUUAGCUAACACCCGCGCCUACCAGCACAGUCGCAGAGCACGCAUUUGGUUCCCCAUGUUCUCCUUCUUUGAGUGCAACGUGAAUGGACCCGUCCCCAACCAAUAUAACUGGCCCUUUGAUAAACCUGCCUUCAUGAAAGCUCUAAUUGGAUGAACGACAACAAUUGAGCUUUUGUAUCAGUGCCUCAAGCAAUAUUGCUUGUUUAUUUUAUUUAUUAUAUUAAUAUUUUGCUUCUUUUACAAAAAUAAACUAUGCAUAGCAUAAUUAUACAGUUUGGGUUGUGUACUUUAUAUAAAAAGAUGAGUAAGUUUAAACCCCUACUGUCAGUCUGCUAAAUAUGAAGCUGCAGCUAGUUAGCUUAGCAUACGGAAAAACCAAAAAUACUGACAUGGAGCUGUCUAAAAACUGGAAACCAUGUAGUUUUAGUGCUAAACACAUUUAAUCAAUCUGAACAGAAAAUGUAAAAAAACAAACUUGCGUUUCUUUAGUUAUUAGGAUAGAUUCGUCAGACUCUUGCUAGCUCCUUCAUGAUUAGAUGAGUUAGCUGCAUGUGGAUUUCAUAACAUGUUAAAUUGCUCCAUAAGAUUUAAAUUGCACAUUUUCAAAAAAGAUAAUGACUUUUAUAUUGUAGAAGCAAAGGAUAUAGGCAUUUUCAGAACGACUACAAUUUUAGCUAUGUAGCAUCGUUAUUACCGUCCACUUUGGGGAUGUUUACAGAUCAUUGGUGAUUUGUUUGUCUUAGUCUAUAAAGUAAUGCUUGUGACUGUUUUUUGUUUUCCAGAGUGAUUUUGCUAAAAGUUUACAUUUUAAUGCUAAGGGCACUUUAGUAAGUGCGACCAAAACAGCCUUUUAUUAUUAUUAAUAUGCAACCAGAUACCUGACCUCCUGUUUAAUGACAAAAAAAAAACAUUCUAUUUCAGGGACAUUUCUAUUUCUCUUUUUACAUGAAGAGUGAGUAGUUGUUUAGUUAUGAUUGAUUUCAAAUGUAACUUUCAGGUUUUAAUGUAUUUUUUUUCUUUAUCCUACUUGGUUUCUUAAAUAAUCAUUGAUUAUGUACCAAGCAUAGAUUUACUUGACAUUUGUCAGAAGAAAACACUUUGUCAGGAAAAGUCUAGAAUUUUGUUUACAAUACCCUGGCUUGUAUUUUUAUUAAUGCAUU